AUGAAGAUUGAAAAUGAAAACCAGAUUAUCGAGAUUAUCGAUGAUGACCCAACGGCGUCCGAAAAUGAAGGCGGUGUCACAGAAGGGUCCGCCAGUGGCUCAAGGAAGCGCAAAGUUGAAGACGAUGAUGUCUCGGAAAAGGUCCACUGGAGCGACGACUCAGAUGGAGUGCCCGUAAGGCCCAAGAAACGAAGGGCAAAACGGAAGUCUGCUGCAAAGAAUGAUAAGAAGCGCGGGAAGAAUGAUGGACAUGACGCAAAAGAUGAACUUGAUCUGGGAGAUAUUCCAGAUUACCUGCAAGAGCGACGCCGGAACUUUGAUGCCAAUAAGAAACGGUAUCAUGAAGCGGCUCUCAUGCUCCCACCUGAUUAUACUGAUAUUGACUUUGACGAGUCGAGAAGACUUGGCGAACUCAAAGAAAGACCUGAAUUUGACGCCAGAAGCGGCAUCAAACCGUCUCGCCCAUACAAAGCCAUUGAGCUACCUCAGUCAGCUGGACGGAUCCCAGCAUCAAUUGCCCAGUAUCUUCGAGACUACCAGGUCGUGGGAGUCAAAUUUCUCCAUCGGAAAUUCGUCUACCAAGAAGGAUGUAUUCUCGGCGAUGAUAUGGGUCUUGGUAAAACGGUCCAGGUCGCCGCUUUCUUAACGGCUGCAUUUGGCAAAACUGGCGAUGAGCGGGACGACAAGCGCAUGAGAGAGAUUCGAUUCUGUCCUGGCCGCUGGUAUCCCAGAAUUCUCAUCAUAUGUCCUGGAUCUCUGAUUAUGAACUGGAGGAAUGAGCUGAACAGAUGGGGUUGGUGGCACAUCGACAUUUAUCACGGCACAAACAAGGACGACAUCAUGGGUACGGCGCGCUCCGGACUCCUUGAGGUUAUGAUUACGACUUACGACACAUACAAAAAUAACCGUAGCGCCAUCAACAUGGUAUCGUGGGAUGCUUGCAUCGCAGAUGAGUGCCACCGUCUCAAGGAUAGGUCAUCGGAAACGACCAAGGCUAUGAAUGAGGUAAAUGCGCUGUGCCGCAUUGGACUCACGGGAACCGCAAUCCAAAAUAAAUAUGAAGAACUGUGGACAUUGCUGGACUGGACUAACCCGGGACACUUUGGGGCAAAGGCUGAAUGGAUGCAGACCAUCAGUAAGCCCCUGACUGUCGGUCAGUCGCAUGAUGCAACCGUCGCCCAACUCAGUCUGGCUCGACAAACCGCCAAAAAGCUUGUUCAGAAUCUCUUGCCUCGCUAUUUUCUGCGGCGUAUGAAGACACUCAUUGCGGAUCAGUUGCCCAAGAAGACGGACAGGGUUGUCUUCUGUCCUCUCACGGAUUUACAAGCCGAGGCGUAUGAAAGUUUUCUCAGCAGCGAUGAAAUACAUCUUCUUCGUACCAUAUCUGACCGUUGCCCGCAUGGGAAAAAGAAGGGUUGGUGCUGCCAAACACACCUCCCUGACGGCAGAAGAUGGCCGGCUCUCGUGUUCCCGAGCAUGAUCACCUUACAAAAGCUAGCGAACCACCUCGCCCUGCUCACUCCAUCCACAACAGAUGUCGAUACCAAGCAUAAGAAGGAGCUAGAAACACUGAAAUUGUGUUUGCCAGAUACGUGGAAGCCACUUUAUGAGCAAAGGGACCAGAUUAGGAAUCUUGUCAACCCCGAGUUCUGUGGCAAGUGGAAAGUCAUGAAGAAGCUGUUAAGGUUCUGGCAUCAGCAUGGCGACAAGGUGCUCGUUUUCUCCCACAGCGUCCGCCUACUUCGUAUCUUGCAGCAUCUCUUCACGAGUACAAGUUACAACGUCAGUUAUCUAGACGGCUCGCUCAGCUACGAGGAGCGGCAAGACAUAGUCGACACAUUCAACUCAGACCCCACGCAGUUUGUGUUCCUCAUCUCAACGAAAGCCGGCGGCGUCGGACUCAACAUCACCUCGGCCAACAAAGUUGUCAUUGUGGACCCGCAUUGGAAUCCAUCCUGGGACUUGCAGGCUCAAGAUCGAGCGUACCGAAUCGGCCAAACCCGUGAUGUUGAGGUUUUCCGUCUCAUUUCGCAGGGUACAGUUGAGGAAAUUGUGUACGCCCGUCAAGUGUAUAAGCAGCAGCAAGCCAACAUCGGUUACACUGCUUCGUCCGAACGCCGAUACUUCAAAGGCGUCCAGCACGACGAGGACAGAAAGGGUGAGAUAUUUGGGUUGUCAAAUAUAUUCACCUACCACGGGACUUCCAGCCUGGUGAGGAACAUUGUGAACAACACAAAUAUCGCUGAGGCGAGAGCGGGCGUGGACAUGGCAGACAUGGACAUGGAGCAAGCAGCAAGGGACCAAGAAUCCCUUGGUAUCAUGAAACGCGAGGAUGGCAACGCCGACGACGGGGGCAUGAGCCAACUUGCUACUCUUCUCACCGCUGAGAACCAGCAGCAGCUCCUUGAUUCUAACAAGUCCGUCACGCCGAAGAGCGACGCCAUUCAAGCGAUUUUGACGUCUGUCGGCGUAGAAUAUACCCAUGAUAACUCCGAGGUGGUUGGGACAUCGAAAGUCGAAGAACAACUCUCACGCCGAGCCGCCAUGCGAUCAUACGCAGACGGAGACAGAGAGGGUCAAAAUGCCUUGUUUGCAGAUGGUCAGGAGGAAGACGACGAUGAUAUGCUGCAUAACACGUAUAGGCCACCGGAGGACGUUCGCCUUCGGCAAUUUUGCUCCAUGGCUCGAGAAUUCGGGUUCGUCAACGCUACAGAAUUUGCGCUCGUGGUGGAGAGUUGGUCGCAGGAGGCGAGGAGGAAUUGCUUGGAUACGUUUUACAGGAGGAGGGAGGCGGCGUUGGACGAGGCGGAGAAUGUGAAGAUGGAAAGGGCUGCGGAAGAGGCUGCCGAAGCGAUGUUCCACGAUGAGGAUGUGCCUGGGGGUGUGAAGAGAGAGUUUGCGGUACAAGUCAAGGAUGAAGAUACAAAGGAUGUUAAGGAAGAGCAUAUAAAGGGUGGUGUUAAGGGCGAGGGAAUCAAAGCUGAGGACGUCAAAAGUGAAGACUUGAACGCAGAUGUCAAGAGUGAAGGGGUGAAGGCCGAAGUCUUCAAAGAGGAGGACACCAAGGUUAAUGUCAAAACCGAAUCUAAUCUCAAACACGAGGCGACCAGCACUACGGAUAUGAAAUCAAAAACAUUCAAGGUGGAGGGCACAUCGAAGAGAAACUCGAUUUUUAUUUCGGAUGAUGAUGACGACGAGCUAUAG